UGGGGUUAGUGACUAUAAAAGAUGGACCAGUAGCAAACAGACCACAAGAAGCAUCACGGGAUAGUGAGAGGUACCUAAUGAUAUCCUAUUGAAGUCUACAUUGACAAGAGAACUUGGACUCACAGAACAGCAUCUCAAGAAGCUCAGAACACCAGGACCACACACUAUAGGGUACCUUUAGUUAAUCUCUCUCACAAGGAAACCAGCUCUAAACUGAAAAUGCUACCAAAGCUUUCUUUUGUCAUCCUUGUGUGUGUUGGUACUUUGUUAAUGUGUACAAGCACUCAAAGCCUAUUGAGAGACAAUGGGAUGAAACUGUGCGGCAGAGAGUUUAUAAGAGCCGUUAUCUUCACGUGCGGCGGGUCCCGUUGGAAACGGUCCUUAGAUGGAAACUUGGAUCUCUUCCAUGCCAGCUCCCAUAGUGAUGUCAGAGAGGGCGAGGACAGCACACUCAACUGGCCUCAUGGUCUGGACCAGGCCGCAGUAGCAGACCACCCUCUCCAGCUCUCCUCCUCAUCCCCCACCCCCCUGGCUGAACUCCUCUCACUCCUGGGUGGAGUGGGGGACCAUAGGGGGUCCGCGGCCAACCUCGACCCCAGUGAAGAGCUCCAGAAUCAUGCAUUGGUGUUGGGAGGAGUGGUGGGAGCCAGAGAGUUGGUCAGGAGCCCAAGCACCAAGUGGCAACGCCGCAACAAGCGAAAGAGGAACUUUUCCUUGGGCGUAGCUGGCAUGUGCUGCAACCAGGGCUGCACUAAGUAUGACAUUGGGCGUCUGUGCUGAGACUGGGGCAGUGGGCGACAGGAUGGUGGAGGUAGAGCUGCCCUAGCUUGGGUUUAUCGGAACACCUCCUCUCUGUGUUAUUGGAGUGUGGGUGACAGGUAGCCGUUUUCUUUUCAGUGUUCGAUUAGGUUGUUGAUGGGGGAAAUUUCAACACAGGCUGGCUCCGGAUUUCCCAAACGCGGUCCUCGGGACCCCAAGGAGUGCACGUUUGGGUUUUGCCCUUGCACAACACAGCUAAUUCAAAUCAUCAACUAAUCAUCCAGCUUUGAUCAUUUAAAUCAGCUGUGUAGUGUUAGGGCAAAACGUGCACCCCUUAGGAUCCAGAGGACCAGGUUUGGGAAAUGCUGGGCUAGCUGUUCAAAUGGCUUUGUACGCUUUUCUGUAUAAUGUGUCAGGCAAAUAGUUUGCAAUUAAAUGUGUUGUUUCAUCAUUAAAUGAAUUACUGAAGCAAAGAGCACCUAUGCACUUCCCUGAGAAAUACAAUUGUUUGAAUGACUUGAAAAAUGCAUCCCCCUUUACACCCAAGAACACCCCAUUGAAAUA